AUCCAAGGCUGCUCAGGGGUGCCAGGCUGCCAGGGGCAGGAGCUGCAGCCGUGACCCUGUGUAGGGCAGGGCAGCAGCUGCCAGGGGUGGGGGGCAUGGGGUGUCUGCCCUGCUGAUGCCCCAGAGAUCUGCCCUCGGGGACUGAACUGCCAGGUGAGCAGGCGGCCCUCCCUUGCUUGAGGCUGGGGCCCUGGGGCCUCUGCUGGCCGACAACCUGAACAGUGUGGCGGGCACACUGGGACAUGCCUCAGCCCUGUGCGGGGAGCACCUGAGCCUGGAGGCAGCUGCUGCCUGGCACUGCCCCCUGGAUGUUCUGGGCCCUGCUCUCACCCUGGGGGCAGCCUGCCAGAUUGCUGCCACGGGGGCCUCUCUCCAAAACCAGAGCAUUCUUUCAGGGUGCUUUCUGCCUCCCCAGGACAUGUGGGCUGUACAGAAGCACGUCCCUCCUAUUCCCAGGCUGCUCUUUUCAGAAAAGGAGAAGGCCUUGGGCUUGGCCCUGCAGGGAGGCUCCUGGCACAGUUUUCUCAUCUGAAAAAUGCUCCUGGGGCCCCCAGAGGAGAGAGAACUGCAUACACACCCUGUCAGCAGCUCCAGGAGAACAGUCACAGGUUUACAGAGGGAUGACGGUCCCGAGAGGCCUACACACUUCACACAUCAAGACAUCCUAUGUGAGUGUGGCACUUCAGCACAGCUCAGGGACUGGUGCUGACAUGGCCGUUCAGCUCAUCUCCCAGCUUUCCCCUAUGCCCUCUUUCUGUCCCGGACCCCAUCCCGACACCGUGUAUUUAGCUGUCAUGCCCCUCAGGCCUCCUCUGACUUCCCUCAGCUUUGAUGACCCUGACGGCGCUGAGGGGCGCCGGGCAGGCAUCUGCAGGCUGUCCCCGGCUGGCACGGCCUGGGGACUUCUCAUGACUGGACUGGGUCACGGUGCUGGGGGAAGACUACAGAGAGGGCCGUCCCUCUGCCCAGUGCCAGUGCGUGCCCAGCCUGGCCUUGCCUGGGCAUCGGCCAUGCCGCCUGGCGGGGCUUUUCCAGACUGGUCCCUGUGCUGUCCUCGGGAAAGAGAGCCCUCCCAGCCCACACCUGAGGGGUGCCCCCUCCCUGGGGACGGGGCAGCCACACAGCGGCCUGGAGCUCCCCUGCAGAGGCUCCCUCUUGUCCCUGCUCGCGUCCCAGCCACUGAUAUCCGAGUGGGCUCGUGGGGGCCUCCUCGUGCUUUGGGCUCCACUCCAGCCACCAUUCUGCUCCGGCCUCGGGGAGCUGUUUCCAGGGGGCCGUGUCCCUCUGACAGCCCAUCCGUGGCAGGCAGUGCUGUGUUUCUGAGCCCUUCCUUCCAUCUGGGUCUGCCAGGUGCUGCGGCCCAUCCUGGGCACUCCCUGGCGGCCCUGGCCCCUCAUGGGAGGGUGGGUGCUGCACCUGUGCUCGGUGUGCUGACUGUGGACUAGGAGCCCUCAGCCAAUGUGUGCACACUGACCAGGGUGUGCUUCUGCCAUGGUUAUAAGACCAUCUUCACCUGUGCUGAGGUGGCAAGUGUGCGGGUCCCCAAGGCCACCGUUAGGUUUGCUAAUUUUCUAGGACACAAUGGAGCUCAAGAAGGUUUUACAUCCCUCAUUGGGUUGUGAUGGCGGAAGGGUACAGGUUAAGGUCAGCCAAGGGACAAGACCCCAGGGUCCCUAUGCAGAGUUCUGGCCACGCCUCCCCGUGGAGGCAGGACAGUGGGGUUCCCUAUGGCUGCGUGCGGACCAUGCAGGAGUGUUGCUAGCAGGGAGUGCUCGCACAGUUCUGCCCCCUCCCCGCAUCGUGGAUGGCAGGAGGGCUAGCCUCGGGCUCUGUCACCAGGGUGUGUGGAUUUUGGUGUCUUUACACCACUUCCAUGCCCUGUUGAGCCUCCAGGCCAUCUGUCCCCGACUGGCCUCAUUUCACCAGGCCGGGGUCCCUUUGUCCUGUAGCUCACAGAGCAGGCUCAGCCCCUGAAUGCUUGUGAUAUGCAGUGUUUGGCUCAUCCAUGCCUUUGCCUGGACAGAAUUUCUUGCAGCCAGGGAGAAGUGCCGUUCAGGCAGGUCCCAGCAAGGGGUGACUUCAGGCAGGGGGACAGAUGGCAUAGCUGACACGAGUCUGUUGCCACCCCCAGGCCUGCCCUGGAGUCGGGUUGGCUGGGAUGUGGUGUGUGGACAGCCUUGUGGCCCUGGACACUCAGACCCCAGUUGCCCUCUCAGACAUCCCAACCCAGGCCCUGGGCCCCUCCUAGUCCAUUCCAAAUCUCAGGCUCCCUCGGGGUGAGCUGCACAGCACAGACCCUGCAGCAUGGCUGCCCGGAGAUAGCGAGUAGCAAUGGUGCCGCCAGCGGGCUGUGUUCGUCCGGAAGAGGUUGGAGUCCUGAGGUCUGUGUGCAUGCGCAUCCCAGUGACAGCUGUAUUCUGCCUGACGAACGAGGCAGGCGCCGCAUGCUGCUGGCUGCUGGGUCACUGCUGCUGGCACCCCAUGUUGCCUGGUGGCCUUGGAGUGGACACUUGGAGCACACCUGGGCCGGUAGCUGGGGCUGAGGGCACUACCUGCUGGUGCAGCCUCCCAGAUCUCACAGACUGUCUGCAGCUGGCUUGGGCUCGUGACGGUCCCUGCAUGCCCAGGGGUCUCCUGGAUGUGGCCUUGGGACACUCAGCUGUCAAUGGAGGGGCUGUGGAAGCCUCUGCCCAUUUGCCUUUGUAUAGACUGGACGGGGAUCCAAGCCCCAGCCCCCUGACCUCCCAGCAUGUGGCCGCCCCCUGGGGGCACUGGCCAGAGAGAGGCAGUUCUUCAAGGGACCUGCUCCGGGUGCCCACAUGGAGAGGGGUCAACCAUGGGAGAGGCAGUACGGCCAUAUCCUGAGGCCGAGGCUGACCUGGGAGAGGCCGCAGAUGGGGAGUCAGAGAUGGGAGCCUGCAUGGGACGGAGGGACUGAGCUGAGAGCAGAAGCCCAGGCCAGCCAGUGGGGAGGGAAAAGUGGGUCGACAGAAAUACCAUUCAUUCAUUUCUGACUGAGACGUGAGUGAGGGACGAGCUCCCCGCUGAGGCUCAGCUUGGGUGCAUGCCCUGUGCUUGGUGGCCUUCCUGCCCUGCCCUCCUGUUGGGGUCAUGCUCCUGCCACAUGGGGCCUGUGAGGCCAUGUGUGCUCCCACCCACAGUGGGGAAAGGGCUGUCCCAAGCGACCUAGGAGCCCUCUGGGGGCGGUGACCUCUGGGUCCAGUGCAGCUGGCAGAGGUGCAGGGCAGGUGGCCGCACUGAUUCAGCAUCUGUG